UACCGUUUUAAAUCCUCUUAAAUUCUCCUCCUCCUUCUUCUUCUUUUUGUUUUAACAAUCACAAGAAAUAGAGCAAAAAAGGCAUCUGAGAUUAUUUUUUCGUCCUAAUAUUGAGAAAAGAUCUAACUAGUUUACAUCUGACCAUCUUCUAAAAGCAUCAAUGGCUGCUUCGGAGGACUCUAGCGCCCUUUAUCCCUUUUUUAUAUUAAGUAUGUUGGCAAUCCCUUUGGUGCCUCACACUUUUUUCAAGUUACUUAAUACAAUUACUAGAAAGGCAAAGACAAUUCAUUGCCAAUGCAGUCUCUGUUCUCAUUCAAGGAAGUGCCGGAAGUCCAUAUUCAAGAGGAUCUCAACCAUCUCAACUUGUAGUAAUGUGGCAUUUCUUCUGCUUUGGGCAUUUGUGGUGAUAAUAGUUUAUCACAUUACACAUACAAGCUAUGAGAUACAAGCAUUUGAACCAUUUAGUAUUCUUGGGCUAGAUCCGGGUGCUUCAGACUCAGAAAUAAAGAAGGCAUAUAGGAAACUCUCCAUUUUGUACCAUCCUGACAAAAAUCCUGAACCAGAGGCACACAACUAUUUUGUGAGCUUUAUAUCAAAAGCAUAUCAAGCAUUGACCGAUCCAGUUUCUCGUGAGAACUACCAAAAAUAUGGUCACCCAGAUGGCCGACAGGGGUUCCGAAUGGGGAUUGCUUUACCUUACUUCCUAAUGAACAGUUAUGGAUCCUCUGGUGGAGUUGUCUUACUUGGAAUUGUUGGCAUUUGUAUUAUUUUGCCAUUAACUAUAGCUGUUGCUUAUCUAUCAUGGUCUUCAAAAUAUAGUGGGAAUUAUGUCAUGUACCAAACAUUGGUUACAUACUUCCAAUCAAUGAAGCCUUCUUUAGCUCCAAGCAAAGUGUGGGAGAUCUUCAUAAAGUCUGCAGAAUUCCGUAAAAUUCCCGUUCGUAAAAGAGAUAGUGAACCUAUUCAAAAUCUAUUUGGCAUGGUGAGAAGAGAGUUGAAUAUGGAGUCGAAGAAAGACCAAUCAUUGUUUUGGAAACAAGACCCUGGCCUAGUUAAGAUGGCAUUGUUGCUUCAUACUCAAUUAACUCGUCAAUCCCAUUGUUUAUAUUCACCUCUACGGAGUGACUUAAAGCGCAUGCUUGAGCUUGCACCUUUGCUUCUUGAACAUCUAGUGGCGAUAGCUGUAAUCCCACGCCCCCCUAUUGGACGUGGAUUGCUUAGGCCUGCGAUUGGGGCAAUUGAGCUUUCUCAAAAUAUCGUCCAGGCUGUGCCUUUACGUGCAAGAGAAGUAGUUGAAGGAAACCUGGACGGAAUUGCAGCAUUUCUACAGCUCCCACAUUUCACCAAGACAACUACGAAGAAAAUUUUCCCCAAGAAAGUGCAAACCUUUCAAGAACUCCGAGACAUGAGCAUGCAAGAACGAUCCCAACUCCUAUCUCAGGCUGCUGGCUUUUCACUAACUCAAGUACAUGACAUAGAGAUCGUGCUCGAGUCAUUGCCAUCCAUAACACUUGAAGUCUCACUGAAAACUGAAGGAGAGGAAGAAAUUCAAGAAGGCGACUUUACCACGAUGUACGCUUGGAUUAAUCUCAAGCGUGGAAACAACCUAAAAUCCUCUCUUCCCCAUUCUCCUUACUAUCCAUUCUACAAGGAGGAAAAUUACUACCUUAUCCUUGCUGACUCAGCAACGAAUGAAGUCUGGAUUUCUCAGAAAGUGAACUUCAUGGAUGAGGAUUCUGCAGUUAGGAGUGCAAAAAAGUUGAUUGCAAGGAUGAAGGAGUUAUUGGGAGCGACUGAUCAAGAAAUUAGUGAAGCUGUGAAGUUUGUUGCUGAAAAAGUAAAGAACGGAUCAAGGCAGGUUAUUGGUAAACUUUUGGCUCCGGGCGAAGGAACAUACAAUCUUACUGCAUACUGUUUAUGUGAUUCAUGGAUUGGUUGUGAUGUAAAGACUGAUAUAAAGGUAGAGGUAUUUAAAAAGAACCGAGAUAUUAAGGCCAAUGAAAGUACGAGCAUUGAACAGGAAAUUGAAGAAGUAGAUGAAGAUUAUGACAGUGAGUAUAGUGAUGAUGAUGAUGAGAACGAAAAGAAGAUGAUCCAGUGAGUUCUGGGACUCACGAAGAUAGAUACAGGGGGAAAAAUUACAGAAAUAUAGAGGGAAAAGAGGAAUUUGUAGUGUUUUUUAUUUAUGAACUUGUUGUCAGAGCAAACUGAAACAAAAUUUGAACUUUACAAUAUCGGAAUAUACUGAGAAAAGGAUUA